GUUUCUACAUGAUUCAAUGAAAAAUGUACAAAAAUCACAUGCAACUGCAAAGUCAUUUGCAGUUUAACAGUAAAAGUCUGAGACAAUUUUAUUGCUGUGUCGACUGAAAAUCAAAAUGAAAUUGCCUUCGCCGAUACUUUUUCUAUGUCUGUUCGUUGCUGCUGUCCAAAGCAAAGUAGAACCACAGCCGGAAGUCGGAAGUUGGGCAGUCUAUGAUUAUGACCGUGAACAAAUUUGCAUUUUUUUCAGAGUCGCCACCCAGUUGAACAUCACAUACGAGACGUACAAGUCCGUCAAUAAAAUCGUCUACAACAUUCCUGGCAACACACACACGCAACUAAUCAACGGCGAUUGUGCGACCAAUGGAACACAGAGCAUUGUAGUGUCUUGGAAAUCCCCCUACCAGACAUUUGCAUACGAUUCCUUUGCAUUCACAUUCCAGUUCAAUCAAAGGAAGCAACAAUAUUCAGUGGUUGAUGUAACAUACCGCAUUGUUUUACCAGAUGCGCGUUUGCCAAUAGCAAAGCAGUACAGACACAGCACACCAAUUUAUACAACGCCUUCACGUAUGUCGUAUGAAUGCGUGGAUCUUCCACCAUUGAAUUUGCUCACAGCAGAUUCAUAUAGCUGGGUUGAUGGGAUCUCGCUGCAAUUUUUGAGAUUCCAAGCGUUUGCUGACAGUGACAUCGUUGAACUUUUACCAGCUAGUGAAUGCGGAUAUAGACAAAUUGAUCCAAUCCAGCCGCCAACACAGGAUGAUUGGUACAAUAUGUUCCUCAGUAUGGUUGGUAGAUUCAUUACCAACACGACAUCCAUGUAUCAAGAAAUGAAGCGGUUGAGGAGCGACGUUACAGCCAUUGAUUCUGAUUGAUUUACUAUAUGUAUCUGUAACGCGAUUAAUCGACACAAAUCACAAUUCUAAGAAAAAAUUUGUUCUACGGUAUGCCUCAAAAAUACAUCGAUUUUUUUAUAUA